AUGGAACCACCCUUCUCUCCAACAACAAGAACCACCCUUCCAUGCAAAGAUUAUGUAAGAAUAAUGAUGCAAAAGAAGAGUGGAGAAGAUGAAGAAACUCAACCAACCACAACAACCACCACGACGAAUGUCAUCAACACACCAAGAACCUCAUUGGAUCAUGACUUGUUGUUGGGUUUUAGACACGAUUUCCAACCAUCCAGCAUGCUGAGGAAUUCUCAAUCGAAGGGUCUCCUCUGUAAUUCUGUCCAGUUGGAAGAGAAUCACACAAUUACUAAUUGCGCGGAAUCAAACGACAACUAUUCAUGGCUACCUUCGGUUGUUGUUUCAGGCGCGCAUUCAACCAUCAAUAGUAACAAUUGUGAGAGAGCAAAAUGGGUCGACUUCUUGCCGCAGCAAGUGUUUUUCCCACAUGCAUGUUGUGAGCAACUGCAAUAUGAUCACCCACACGAAGGAUGUUUGGAAGGAGAGGGCGAUCGUUUUGAUUCGACUUUUCACACUGCAUGCAUGCCCAAUAAUAAGGGCGAAUCAUCUUCGAAAGUGGACUCGACAAGGGAUUUAUUCUUCACGACAAUGACAAAUUCGACUCAAGUGGUGUCCAAACCAACCACAGAGUUACAAAUAAUUGACGAAACCUGUCAAGUGCGAAAGCAGUUCAAACGAAAAAGAAAAUCAAACUGCGACGAGAAACGACAAGCACUCAAUGAAUCUUCCUUACAUGAAUCGAUCAAAAUUUAUGCAUUCGAGAGACCCAUGUUAAGGAAUAAUAGAGAGUUUGCAGAUAAUUACUUUGUGUUGACUCCUCAACAUUUGACUUGUGCGGGAGAAACGUUUAAAGAGGAAAAGAUGAAACACAAGGAGAGUCAUCAACCUCCAAAGAGAAGGCAAAGAAAGAACUCGAUCGGUUAUUAUUCAUCUUCGAGUGCGAGCAGCUCGAAAGGAACGAGUGUUGGUCCAGCCCAACAACCUCCAUAUCGUUACGCAUUUGGUCAACCAGAGACUUCCCAUACUCCAUCAAUAUUGAGAAGGAAUGAAAUAAUACCAAAUGAAGAUCAUGAUGCCACAUGCAAUGUGUUUCCUCUUUCUCUAAACUUUGAUAAAGACAGUAAUGGCGUUGUGAGUGAUAAUUGCCAUCAGAACAUUAUCCAAGAAGGGAAUUUUCUGAAUUUUAACAAUCAUGAUCUGAUUCAAGCUGCUCCACAACAGACCAUUCAGCAACCUCAACUAUAUGAACUUCUUUUGCAAACCUUGCUUCAGAACUAUUUAGGGCAAAGUCAAAAGUGA